CACGCCGCUCACUCUUACGUCCCGUCCCUGAGCGGUGAGCUGGCCACGGCACAGAUUUCUCCUCUCUGCUCGGAUUACUUAUCUCUUCUCUAACGAAGCUCUUUCUCGUUUUGUUCCUCCGUGCCCGGUAGAUACCGGAGUAUUCCGCAGUGAUCUGUUUGGUGCGCAGUAGUGCGCAAAACCUAUUGCGAGGCUGCGCCUCCGCGGCAAUGGAUUGAUCUCAGUGUGGUGGGUUUUUUUUUUUUCCUUUUUCUUUUUUUUUCUUUUCUUUACGACCUCUGCUUCGACUAAGUUGAGAAAACAGUCUCUAACCUGCGGCUCUCUCCUUCCAGCUGCGCGUUUCACCAGCGGAGCUCGAAAAGUACCGGGAUCUGGAUGUUUUUGCACAUUUUAGGACUUUGAACUUUUUCUUUUUUUUUUUUUUCAACCCUCCUUGAUGUGUUUGCAGGAGGUUUGCCUGGGAUUCUAAGGAUAUAUCUAUCUCUUAUUUAUUUUUUUUUUGGAGGGGGGGCUUUUCAACAUCUUCUCCGAGGUUUCCUGAAAGCCUGCAGAGAUUUAUUCGUGAAAAGUGAUGGCCGAGCGAGGAGCUCCGGCGCUCCUCUCUCUCCUCUGUCUCACCUUUCUCUUCACGGAGACCACGGCGGCAAAGCAUGUCGACAAAGGCUCAGCAACGCAGCCCUUCAGCCCUUUCUGGUUCACGGUGGAGCCCCAGGACACGCUGGCCAUCCGGGGGAACUCCGCGCUGCUCAACUGCUCGGUGCACAGCGACGAGGCCUCGCCGGCGCGGAUCGAGUGGAAGAAGGACGGCACCUUCAUGAGUUUGGUCUCGGACGAGAGGCGGCGCGUCCUUCCGGACGGCUCGCUGUUCUUCGCCCAUGUGGUCCAUUCAAAGCACAACAAGCCGGACGAGGGCACGUAUCAGUGCGUGGCCAACAUCGACAAUGUGGGCUCCAUCUCCAGCCGCACGGCGCGCCUCGCUGUAGCAGGGAUUCCCCGGUUCGCCAGCCAGCCGUCGCCGGCCUCCGUCCACGUCGGGGACAAUCAGGUGAUGGCGUGCGAGGUCAACUCGGACCUGGUUCCGUUCACGCGCUGGGAGAAGGACAAGGAGGCGUUGGAGCUGAGUGACAGGUUGAUCCAGCUGCCCAGCGGGGCCCUCGUUAUCAGCAACGCCUCGGAGACGGACGCCGGCCUCUAUCGCUGCGUCGUGGAAAACGUGGGUUCCUCCAAGUCCAGCGACGAGGCCCCGCUGCAGACCAUCCCAGAACCUGGAGUGGAGAGGAAGCUGGAGUUCCUGGUGCAGCCUGCGCCUGUGGCCAAGCUGCUGGGUGCUGGCGUGUUGCUGCCGUGCGUGGCCACAGGUUACCCCCCACCACACAUCCGCUGGAUGUUUGGAGACAAAGCGCUGGAGGAAAGCAAUGGUCGUGUGGAAGUGACGGCAGGCGGCAGUCUCCAGAUUUCCAACCUUACGGAGGAAGAUGGAGGCGUGUACACCUGCGCGGCUGAAAACUCCAACACCACCAUCGAAGCCCAGGCCCAGCUCACAGUUCAAGUUCCUCCCCAGUUUGUCAAACGGCCCACCAACAUCUACGCCCACGAGUCCAUGGACAUCGUCUUCGAGUGCGAAGUUUCGGGCUCGCCCGCUCCCACCGUCAAGUGGGUCAAGAACGGAGACGCCGUCAUCCCCAGCGACUACUUCAAGAUAAUUAAGGAGCACAACCUGCAGGUUCUGGGUCUGGUCAAGUCUGACGAAGGUUUCUACCAGUGCCUGGCAGAAAACGAUGCCGGCAACAUCCAGUCGAGCGCGCAGCUCAUCAUCUUGGAUCACGACGUAGCCCUGCCCGCCUUCCCCCCCCCUUCACUGACUCCUAACACUACUGACCAUGUAACAGCAGGCUCUGGAGGCGUGGCCGCGCCGGCGGGGCCCACCCCCUCCGCGCCGCGGGACGUCGUGGCUUCCCUGGUCUCCACCCGCUUCAUCAAGCUGACGUGGCGCCAGCCGGCCGAGCCGCACGGAGACGACCUGACCUACUCCGUGUUCUACAGCCAGGAGGGCACCAGCAGGGAGCGGGUGGUGAACACCAGCCGACCAGGAGAGAUGCAGGUCACCAUCCAGAACCUGAUGCCAGACACCAGGUAUCGCUUCAGGGUGGUGGCGCACAACAGCAAUGGCCAGGGCGAGAGCUCAGCAGCACUCAAAGUGGCCACCCAAGCUGAAGUACAAGUGCCGGGUCCAGCUCCCAACCUGCAGGCGGUGUCCAACACUCCGACCUCCGUCUUCCUCAGCUGGGAUAAACCCCUCACAGGCAACGGGGACAUCCUCUCCUACAAGCUCUACUACACAGACAGGAGCGUUGGCACCGAAGAGGAUGUUGACAUAGACGGCCAGUCGUACACCAUGGCUGGACUGAAGAAGAACACAGAGUACAGCUUCCGCGUGGUGGCCAACAACAAGCACGGCCCGGGGGUCUCCACGGAGGACGUCAUGGUCCGGACACUUUCUGACGUUCCAAGCGCCCCUCCUCAAAAUCUCACUUUGGAGGUCCAGAACUCAAAGGGCAUCAUGGUUCGGUGGCAUCCGCCUCCGCUCAGUGGCCAGAAUGGGGAAAUCACCAGCUACAAGAUACGCUACCGGAAAGUUCCACGGAGGAGCGAAUCAGCUGUGACCACUGCUGGGACGGAGCUCUACAAGCUCAUCGAUGGUCUGGAGCCCGGAACGGAGUACUCCUUCCGAGUGUCGGCCGUGACUGUGAACGGGACCGGACCGGCCACCGAGUGGGCCCCGGCAGAGACGUUUGAGAGCGACCUGGACGAAUCUCGCGUACCGGACCAGCCCAGCUCGCUGCAUGUCCGCCCGCUGGUCAACAGCAUCGUGGUGAGCUGGACGCCACCGGAGAACCAGGACAUCGUGGUGCGCGGCUACACCAUCAGCUACGGCAUCGGGAGCCCCCACGCUCAGACCAUCAAAGUGGACUACAAACAGCGCUACUACACUAUUGAGAACCUCAACUCCGGCUCCCACUACGUGAUCACGCUGAAGGCCUUCAACAACGUGGGGGAGGGGAUCCCCGUGUACGAGAGCGCAGCCACCAGAGUGCAGUCAGACCCCAUAGACCCCGAUGUUGACUUGUACGAACUGUUCCAUGCUCCAUACACCCCAGCGCCCGACCCCAGUCCCAUGAUGCCUCCCGUGGGCGUGCAGGCCUCCGUUCUGAGCCACGACACCAUCAAGGUGACGUGGGCCGACAACUCACUGCCCAAGAACCAGAAGAUCACCGACAACCGCCACUACACCGUGCGAUGGAAGACCAACAUCCCCGCCAACACCAAAGUGAAGAUGGCCAACAGCACAAGCCUGAGCCACGUAGUGACAGGCCUGAAGCCCAACACACUUUACGAGUUCUCCGUCAUGGUGACCAAGGGCCGCCGCGCCAGCACAUGGAGCAUGACCGCUCAAGGGACCACCUUUGAGACCAUCCCCAGCUCCGCCCCAAAAGACGUGACAGUGGUGAGCAAAGAGAACAAGCCACGCACCAUAAUAGUCAACUGGCAGCCUCCCUCUGAAGCCAAUGGGAAAAUUACCGGUUACAUUAUCUACUACAGCACAGACGUCAACGCGGUGGUCCACGACUGGGUCAUCGAGCCUGUGGUGGGGAACCGCCUCACACACCAGAUCCAGGAGCUGACUCUGGACACGACGUACUACUUCAAGAUCCAGGCCAGGAACUCCAAAGGAAUGGGGCCCAUGUCGGAGCCUGUUCAGUUCAGAACUCCCAAGACUGAGUCCUCUGACAAAAUGGCUAAUGACCAAGCUUCAAAUAUCCCACCAAAGCCAGGACCUCCAGGCAACUCGUAUCCAGUUGCCCCUCGAAAUUCAGAUGGUAAAAUAGGUCCUAGAAAUGAGAAUCUCACCGUGAUCAUCGUCAGCAUAAUCGCAGUGGGAGUCUUCACCACCAUAGUGGUGGUAGUGGGAGCCUUACUGUGCACGCGGCGCAGCACGUCCCAGCAGAAAAAGAAGCGAGCGGCCUCGAAAUCAUCAAAUGGUUCCCAUAAGUACAAGGGAAACUCCAAAGACCUGAAGCCGCCCGACCUUUGGAUUCACCACGAGAGGCUGGAACUGAAACCCAUAGACAAGUCGCCGGAACCCAACCCAAUCAUGACCGAGACGCCCAUCCCUCGCACCUCGCAGGACAUCACCCCCGCCGACAGCGGCCUGGAGAGCAACCCCCACCUGCAGCAGAGGCGCAACUCCUACCGAGGCCACGAAUCAGACGACAGCAUGUCCACACUUGCAGGCCGCCGGGUGAUGAGGCCUAAAAUGAUGAUGCCUUUUGACGCUCAGCCGCCCCAGCCCGUGAUUAGUGCUCACCCCAUCCAUUCCCUCGAUAACCAUCAUCACCAUUAUCACAUGGGCAGCCUGGUAUCACCGACACGCAGCUACCUCUACCAUCAAGGCAGCGGGUACCCUCGCCCGCACGCCUGCGCCUCCCCCAUCUCCCACCUAGAGAGGGUGGACUCUUCAGAAUCCGUGAGGAACACGCCGAGUUCGGAGCCCCUCCCUCCGCCUACCGCCUCCUCCCAGGUCUCCUGCCCCUCCGAGAUCAUGGCUGACCCAGAGGGCAGCUACCACGGCUCCACCACCACCGAGGAAGAGCCCAGCUACUCCAGCAACCUGCCGCCACAUCGGCCAGCCCACCCGCACGCCCACGCACACCCCCUCAAGAGCUUCGCCGUGCCGGCGAUCCCGGUCUCCGGCCAUCCGUCAUACGAGUCCCCCGCCCUGCCCAGUACGCCUCUGCUCGCUCAGACCGGUGAGCACUCACCUCAGACAUACCCAGAGUCUGUUUACCACCAGUGGCCCCCCACUCACCCUCACGUUGUAAAAACAGCCUCCAUUGGAACACUAGGAAGAACACGCACUCCAAUGAUCGUAACGGUGCCCAACGCCCCCGACGUACCAGAGACGAGCAAAAUGCUGGAGGAUGUAGACAGCGUGCUUGCCUCCCUGCCCCCCUGUCCCUCCCCGGCCCCCCGCAGUAACCCUAUUCCUCUCCCUCAGAGCUACGAGCCCGACGAGCUGACCGAGGAGAUGGCGCACCUCGAGGGCCUGAUGAAAGACCUGAACGCCAUCACGACAGCGCCAUGACCACGCACUCGCUCGCUCGCUCAGAGAGACGCACUCGCACACACUCCCGCACACACCCACACACACGCGUAUGCAGAAACAAGCCACACGACUUUCACAAGCAAAACACAUCCAGAGGCCACGUGGACACAAACCCGGCCUCCUGCGGCCCCCGACGGAGACAACGGAACCUCCAGACUGAAACGUAGGAACUGCUUCUUCUUCUUCUUCAGUCUCAGACAGGAGAUUGCCACGACGAGGAGGAGGAGGAGGAUAAAUCGAGACGCUUCAUGUUGAUAUGAAGAACAAACCUCAGAGACGAUGAACUUUUUGGUUGCUUUCAGCCGAACGAUUGUGAAUCUCACCUUUUUUUGUUUUUCCUCGCUGGUCGACUCGGCAUGAAGUGAAGAGGUGGAAAGAUCAUAAACAUGCGGGGGAGGGGUUUUUAUUGAUGCCGGCGCUCGUGCGGUGCCGACUACAACACGGUGUUUGAUCAGUGUUUACUUUGUGCGUUUUGUAUAUCUAUUGGGCUGUUUCAGUGAAGUGAGCAUUGGAUGUCAGCUCCUCCCAUUUACUAUUUUUUUUUACUGUUUUGU